GUGAAUCCCGGCCGCCACCCCGCGUUAAUUAAAAAUAGUUUUUUGAUCAUAAUUGGUCCUUCUUUUUGCUUUUCCUCAACGCAAACCCUAAUCAAUUGAUCGAAUAAUUGAUUGAUUGGAGGAAAAGGAAAAAGGGAAAGAUGGUGUUUUUCUUCCAAGCCCGACCUGAAGCCGGAGACUACACCAUCUUCAUGGGUCUUGAUAAGUUUGAAAACGAAGAACUUAUCAAAUACGGUUUCCCCGAAGACAUCUGGUUCCAUGUGGAUAAGAUGUCAUCUGCCCAUGUGUAUCUGAGGAUGCAUAAGGGUCAGACAAUUGAUGACAUUUCUGAAGGUCUUCUCGAAGAUUGUGUGCAACUUGUCAAAGCAAAUUCCAUCCAAGGAAAUAAAGUGAACAACAUUGAUGUUGUGUAUACUCCUUGGCAGAACUUGAAGAAGACUCCAGCUAUGGAUGUUGGUCAAGUUGGUUUCCACAGCAACAAAGCUGUGCGCACUGUGAGGGUAGAGAAACGAAUAAAUGAGGUAGUUAAUAGACUGAACCGGACAAAGGUGGAAAGGAAACCUGAUUUGAAAGCUGAGCGGGAAGCUGUUAAUGCUGCAGAAAGGGCAGAGAGGAAGCAGCAGCUGAGAGACAAAAAACGACGAGAGGAAAUGGACAGGCUAGAAAAGGAGAGACAGGCAGAGGUAAGGAGCUACAAAAAUCUGAUGGUUGCUGACAAAAUGACUUCUAACAAAGAGAUUGCAUCAACCCACAAGUCCUUACAGGAACUCGAAGAGGACUUCAUGUAAGACUUCAUCUUCGAAAUACCACCACCAAACAGUUUUGACCACCUUAUGCCUCCUGAUGUUUUACAAAGAAAUAUGAAGUGGGGUUUUUGUGUGUCAAAAAUAUUGAUGUACACUUUUCUGAACUAUUAUCCUGCUAAUCUCUUGGAUUGUGGAUGCUUAAUAAAAAAAAGAAGCUAAAAUGGGUGGAAUUCACAACUGUGAGAUGACAGGGAAGCUAUGAUGUAUGAAUUUGCUUUGGUACUUUUAAAAUCAUUAUACACUUAAACUUCUGGGUACGUUGUUGGUUUAUUUUGCAUUUAUGAUUUAAUUCGAACUUUAGUCAUAAA